CUCUGCACCGUUAAGAUGCUCAAUUGAUGGGCGUACUGAUCCGAGCACUGAAGGAGAGAUACCCUUUCAUUGUGGCACAACAAAAGCAUGUUCCUUCCUGCUAGCAGCCGGUUUCUCUGCGUCCAAAACCUCCCGGAGACUCGCUCUUUCCUCUCUCUGCGCUGCUUUGACAAACGGGACUGGCGAACAGACUGCGACCAUUAGAGAAAAAAGGAUUUAAAACAGCUGAUGACAGAACAACACAAGGCAGAGCAUCACGGCUAGCAGCGCACAUCAGGGUUUAUUCCAGGUGAGCUUGUUUUAGUGGUUACUUUGGGGAGGCGGGGGGUGGGGGGGAUCGCACCUGCCAUGAGGAGAACGCACGGAGCGAAGCGCUCCUGCUCCCCGGACCUGAGAGACCUGGACUCGGACGGUCAGAUGGAGUCACCUGCCGUGUUCCGCCGCCAUGGAGCGUUCACAGUUUGAAUCUACAUCGCUACUUGUUCUGAAAGCCACCCGAGUGGAAGGAUGACAGCUGAUCGCUCCUCCUCUCCCUGGACGCGGAUAAAAACGCGCUCCGUGUGAACGAGCCGCCUUCUCUCAGCUGUGUUUAACAAUAGAAGCUGUCUGGAUCCUCAUCUGGGUUAUCAUCACACCUGACACCCUCGCUGUUGUUCCAGACGCGUUUGGAUCGUUGACGGGGACCUUUGUUGCUCCACUGCUGGACUUUGCUCCAAAGCCCUCACCGGCGGGGAUGGACCUUGAGUAGCCGAUGAAAUAAUCAGCGUCGUGGUGUCAGCAAGGGCUUGAGCCGCGGGGGAUUUAUGUAGAUUAUCGCUAGAGUGCUAUUUUGUCCCCCCUCCCGUUUCCACUCUUAAGAGAACUCAGCAGCUUUAGGUCUGCUGUCCUUUUCCAGCUCCUUUAACUCCAGGAGUCUGUUUAAGGAGGAGGAGACGGGGAAGGGGUCGCAGGCGAUGCGUAACGCAGAGGUGUUUGGAGCCAGAUCCGAGGACCUGCUGUCACACCGUGGAUGUGGGGGGAUGAGACGCGCCUCACGGCUGUAGUGAUUACGCGUGCUCUCUACUCCCUCUCUUCCUCUCGGGAUGCCGUGGAUGUGAGGAGGAGAACCGGUCCCUCUGCAGAUCCGCGAAGUGCCACCGAGCAGCAGCACCGAAUUCCCGGACUUUAUCUGACUCUCUACCGGACGGCCACCGGAGGAUGUUUCAGCCAGGAUGCUGCGCUUCCCCGUGAAGAAGAUCCGGAAGCAGUUUAAGCUCCUGCUGCUGCUGGUGCUGCUCACCUCAGCCGCGUGGUUCACCUACCUGCACAUCAAUCAGGGCAAAACCAUCAAGCUGCACUUCAACUACGGAAAAGAUGGGGAGAGACAGACGGACGGGACAGACGCCAGUCGACGGAGGGACACUCGCUCCUCGGCCGGACACCACAAAAGCGAGGACACCAGUGACAGCAGGGAGGAAGAGGCAACAGAUGAUGAACCAAUGGCUGGAGGAGCUGGGGGACGAGACCACACCCACAUUUGGCGGUUUCUCAGCCAACGCCACAAGAAGUUACCAUGGAAACCAGAGUAUAAGGGCCAGGUCAACCUUCAUGUGUUUGAGGACUGGUGUGGCUCCUCUGUAGCCCAACUCAGGAAGAACCUGCACUUCCCACUCUAUCCUCAUACAAGAACAACACUGAAGAAGCUUGCAGUGGCUCCAAAGUGGAAGAACUAUGGUCUGAGAAUAUUUGGUUUCCUUCACCCUUACAGAGAUGGUGACUUCCAGUUCUCAGUGUCCUCUGAUGAUAACUCAGAGUUCUGGUUAAGUCCUGAUGAGAGUCCUCUCAGCGCCAGACUGCUGGUUUACGUAGGACAGCUGGGUACAGAGUGGACUGCUCCAGGCGAGUUUACCAAGUUCAGGUCCCAGUCCUCCAAAUCUGUGCAUCUGAUCUCAUCCAGGCGGUACUACUUUGAGAUCCUUCACAAGCAGGAUGACAAGGGAUCUGACCACGUGGAGGUUGGGUGGCGUCCAUUCCUCCCUGGCCUUAAAUACGAAGUGAUCGAUUCGGCCUACAUCUCCCUGUACACAGAUGAGUCGAGUCUGAAGAUGAAUAGUGUGGACCACAUCCCUCAGACCUUGGCCAGUCAUAUCCGUCUCCCUGAAGUGUCCUGGCCUCGGGGUCCAGAGGGAAAGCUGAAUGUGCAGCACGGAGCCGACAUGUUGAGACCAGACCCCAGAGACACCUUCUAUAGCACACCAAUGAUUGACCCCUCCCGCCUGGAAAACACCCUCCCAGCCUGUCUCUACUCACCAACCUAUGUAGUUAAAGAUUUUCCCAUCGCCAGAUACCAGGGCCUGCAGUUUGUCUACCUAUCGUUUGUCUACCCUAAUGACUUCACACGUCUCACACACAUGGAGCGGGAGAACAAGUGUUUCUACAGAGAGUCCCCUAUCUACUUGGAAAAGUUUGGUUUCUACAAAUAUAUGAAGAUGGAUGAGGAAGAGGAUGACAGACCGUUCUUUUUCCCCAACCCAGAUGAUUUCCUAGCGGAAGAAGAGUUGGUAGAUACAGAGGAUGAAGCAGAGAUCGUUGGCACGCAGUUUCCCCGAAAACCCUCCAAUCCGAGUCAAACCAGCCGCACGUCGAACCCCUCUCACAUAAAAACUGGACCCACACCAGCUGACAAGGAGGAGGAGGUGGAAGGAGAAGAAGAAGGCAUUAAGGAAGGAGAAGAGGGAGUAGUCUACAACAUCAUACAUCAAAGACAAAGGAGACAGUUUCCACGCAGAGAGAGAAAGAUGGGGAGGGUUUUGGACAGGGACUGGGGGAGAGAUCGUGCCGAAGGUGGCGUAAGACAAGACACCAGGAGGGUACUGGAAGGGGAUCAACCAAGGAUUCUGCAGCCAGACAUGGAGAGCGUGGUUAGGGGACGCUCUUUGUCCUGGAUUCACACUGAUCCUUCAGAUCAGGACCUGUUAAAGAAAACCAAAGGUCCAAUUCCUGGAGGAGGUGUUGAGACGCCGCAUAAACUUAGCAAGUCUUCUCUCCUUUUCCCCCAGAAGUCGUCCCUGUCUGCCCUAGCGAGCCGAGCAAGGCAGAUCCUCAGCAACUCGGCCCACAGCAAGCACCCCCACGAUGUCGGCCACAAGCCUGAUGGCAGCAAAAAGGAGAAGAAGGAGGAGAACAAGAUCUACGUCACUAGGCCUCGGCCAGCGAAGGAGAGAGGAAGAGAGAGGGAGCAGCGGCGGGACAGGAGGGAAGAACGAGCGUCGCGCCACCCUAGGGAGAUUUUCCCAGGAGUGUUUUUGUACCAAACUGGGAAGAGUACUCGGCUGGUCAAUGUGGGUCACAAAGGACAGGGUGGAAGAGGAGUCACAGGUGUUAGGCACCUUAUUAGUGCCCCCCAACUUUGGCCAAAUCCCCCCACAAAAGAAAGUAAGGCAUCAACUCACAACGGAAGCAUCCAGACCCAAACGUCCCACAGGUCUGCUAACAAAGGAGCAGCGGCAAUGAAACCAGAGAAAAGUAGGAGGAAAGGGGAUCAGCAGAACGUCAGGACUACUGUCAAGGCUGACCUCCUGGGUCCACGAUCUUUCCACCAUAACUCCAUCCCGACACCAGCUGCACCUCCAAAGUUCAACUCCACAGAAACCCCAGUCCACAGUCAGUUACGGGUCACUUCUUACCUCAGAACCUCAGUGAUUACAGAAUCGCAGCAGCAGCCAAACCCAGACCCCAACCCUGCAGGCAUCGACCCAGACACACACCGCUCUAAUCCCCACCCCGAUCCUGACCCGGAGGCUGAGCCGGAGGAGGGGGAAAUGUCGGACUACAGCUACGAGGAGGUGGAGAUUCGGCCGGGGUGGGCCGAGGAGAGCAUCAACUGGCAGAGGACUUUCUCAGUUAAUCCGAUGGACUUUGAGCUGCUGCGCUCUGACUGGAAUGACCUGCGCUGCAACGUGUCUGGAAACCUUCAGCUGGCAGAGAGCGAAGUGGUGGACGUGCUGGCGCAGUACAUGGAGAAACUGAACGAACGCAACGGAGGGAUCUACACCCUGCUGCGUAUCAUCAACGUCGAGAAGAGGCGUGACUCGGCGAGAGGGAACCGUUACCUAGUGGAGCUGGAGCUAAUGGAGCGGGGCCGCAACGUGGUACGUCUUUCAGAAUACAUUUACCUGCUGCUCCACCGCGGCAGGCAGGGAGAAGAAAGCCUGGAGAACACUGACUCUGCUCCGGCCUCCGUACCGGCACCGCCUCCCUCUGCGGCCACCACCAGCUUCACCACCCAGAAGCCACCUCCUUCUACCAGGUCCUCCGCGCACCCUGGAGUGACACCUUGGAGCACCACUUAUGCUAAGCCUCUUCUCUGUCAGCCCGUCAUGCUGCAAUGGAGGAGAGAUGUCAUGGUGCACUUUGUGGUGCCAGUGAAAAAUCAGGCUCGCUGGGUGCAGCAGUUCAUCUCUGACAUGGAAAAUCUCCAUCAACAAACAAAGGAUGACAACUUCAGCAUCAUUAUUGUGGACUUUGAGAGCGAGGACAUGGACGUGGAGCAGGCGCUGAAAGAGAGCACCGUGCCAAGGUACGAGUACCUCAGAAGAGAAGGAAACUUCGAGCGGUCGGCAGGAUUACAGAUUGGAGUGGACACCAUUGAGGAUAGUCACAGUAUUGUGUUCCUGUGUGAUCUGCACAUCCACUUCCCUCUCAACAUUCUGGAAAGCAUCAGAAAGCACUGCGUGGAGGGACGGCUUGUGUUUGCUCCCAUUGUCAUGAGGCUAAGCUGUGGCAGCUCUCCGCUGGAGCCUGAUGGUUACUGGGAAGUUAAUGGCUUUGGCCUGUUUGGAAUUUAUAAGUCUGAUUUUGACAAAAUUGGGGGAAUGAACACCGAGGAAUUCAAAGACCGCUGGGGUGGAGAGGACUGGGAACUGCUGGACAGGGUCGCGGGGGCGCUGGUGCCUAUCUCCAGUGGUCAAUGGGCAAUCAGGCGGGGUACACCUUGGACAAGGAGCCAGUCCAUCGUAGGGCAACCCAGAGAAACCACAGGACAAACAAUCAUGCACACACACACACACACACACACACACACACACACCUAACAGCCAUGUUUUUGGACUGUGGAGGGAAGUCGGACCCACACUUGCACAGGGAACGACUUGAUACAGCACAUUUCACUGGGAAGCGAACCCAGGACCUUCUUGCUGCAGGGCAACAGCUCUAACCACUGCGCCACUGCGCAGCCCCCCCCCCCCCCCAAUUAUAAUAUGAAAUAAAUUAAAAACAACUUAAAACAUUAUUAGUAAGUUGAGAAAAUAUUGUGAUAUCGCAAUAAAGUUCAAUUUUUUAUUCAAAUCAAUCUAUAUUUUCCAGAUUUUUUUUUUCAGAUUAUUUUUGUGCAUUGUUGAAUAAGACACAGGAUUAAAUUGUGCUGUAUCAAGUCGUUGACCUGCCAGUUAAAGCAUUCAAACCGUUGUACUGUUGUCUGUCUUGGUGAAGAGAGAGCUGAGUCAGAAGGCGAAGCUCUUGAUAUACCGGUUGAUCUACGUUCCUACCCUCUCCUAUGGGGAAAUGAGUUUUCUCCACAGGGUGGCUGGGCUCUCCCUCAGAGAUAGGGUGAGAAGCUCGGUCAUCCAGGAGGGGCUCGGAGUAGAUCUGCCGCUCCUCCACAUUGAGAGGAGCCAGUUAAGGUGGCUCGGGCAUUUGGUCAGGAUGUCUCCUGGUCGUCUCCCUGGUGAGGUUUUCCAGGCACGUCCAACCGGGAGAAGACCUGAAGGUAGACCGAGAACUUGUUGGAGGCACUAUGUCUCUCGCCUGGCCGGAGAACGCCUUGCAGGAAGUCUAGGCUUCUCGACUUAGGCUGCUGCACCAGAGCCCCGACUCCGGAUAAGCGGAAGAGGAUGGAUGGAUGGAUGGAUGGAUGGAUGGAUGGAUGGAUGGAUGGAUGG